GCAAGUUGUCACAUCAGCAACCGAAGGAAGUCUCGGCUGACCUUGUCAGCUUUUCAGGAAAACUGCCAUCACAAUUUGUCAGACAGCCUAGGCCUCUGAAAGAAUUAGAGCGAUGGAAAGCGACAGAAUUCCGUCAGUUUCUGUUGUAUACCGGCCCAAUUGUUCUGAAAAAAAGUUCUUCGCAAAACCACCUAUCAACACUUCCUGUGCCUUACCAUUGCAAUUUCUAUUCUUUUGGAUGACGACAAGGACAAAAGAAAUUCAUAUUUGGACUUUGCAAAAGGAUUGUUAGACUGCUUUGUUGAUAACUGUUCAGAUGUAUAUUCAAAAUGCUUUCCAGUUUAUAAUGUUCAUGGAUUAAAACAUCUAUCGGAUGACUGCAGAAACUUUGACUGUUCUCUAAAUUCAAUUUCAUCAUUUCCGUUUGAAAAUCACCUGCAAAUUCUGAAAAGACUAGUGAAGUCUGGAACAAACCCGAUAGGCCAGGUAUCAAGGAGGAUAUCAGAAAUGGAGUCUCAAAGUUCAUGCACAUAUUCUUGCCUCUCUAAUGUUUCAGCAAACAAGAGGAACGGUUGUCUCCUUCUAAAAAAUGAAGACUUUGCCUUUGUUCGAGAGAAAAAAGAGGAUGGCUCUUUAGUUUGUGAUAUUAUUCGGCAGCGUUGUACAGAGAGUUUUUUCACUCAACCAUGUGAUUCCAAACUUAUCAACAUCGUUCUGGUGAGGAACCUCAAUAGAGCCCAAAGGAGACUUGUUUCGAAUGAAGAAGUCAAAAGAAAAGUUGUUUGCCUCCCAUUUCAUGACAGAGGAUAUGUUCUUGUUCCAUUAUUGCAUGGUAUAGAAAGAUAUAGAUGAUGACCUGGGUACGUGCUAUCUGGUUGGAGGAUGGAACAGAGGAGGAGGGCACUGUUCCUUCCACAUGGAUUAGAGAUAAUUAUGUCAUGUGGCCAAAUACCACUAAUGCAUUAAAAUACAUGAUCAGUGGGAAAGUGCCAACCACUACUUGGAGAAUGUUCACAUUGGUGAAGGAAAAACUGAGAUCAGAGAGUCGAGAAGAGUGUGAAGCGUGCACCAUUACAACUUCAGCGGAGACCGAGGACGAAGACAUUGAUGUGCCGAAACGUCAACGAGUUAAAAAAAAGAGCCAGAUUGUUAGAGGACUUCUACUUGGGAGAUGAUUCAGAAAAAGAAACCGCAGCAUCACCAAAGCAAACAGGAUUUACCAGAAAUCAUCCAA